CGGCUGUCAUCGCAGAUUCGGGUUCGACUCCGGUUCGUUCCGCUAAGAGGUGGUAGUUACGCGUGACGGUGUUACUUCUUCUUCACCUUGCUCUCGAAAAUCCUCAAACUAAAAUGUUGUCGAGGCUGCCCUUGAGUGCCCUCAAGAAUGCUGGUGCGUUCGGGGCAUCCCGCUCGACCCUUCAAGCUGCAGGAGCGCGUUCGUUCACGCGGGUCCGUUUUGCUUCGUCCAGCUCUGGAGCUUCGAAUGCCUUCCAAUCUUUGAUCAACUCUCGCGCGUCACUGGUCUCCGCUACUCUUUUCUCCGCUGGGUCGAUAGCUUGGUACACCUAUCUCUACGGCUCACUGCCUUUCGUCGGAGAGGUACAUGCCAACUCGCCAGCGGAAGAUGGUUUACAUCCCGGCGUAUACCCCUGGCCUCAUAAGGGUCUCUUCGACACCUUUGAUCAUGCCAGCAUUCGACGAGGUUAUCAGGUCUACCGUGAGGUUUGUGCCGCCUGCCACUCUCUUGAUCGUAUCGCUUGGCGCAACCUUGUUGGCGUCUCCCAUACCGCCGAUGAGGUAAAAGCCAUGGCGGAAGAGGUCGAAUACCAGGACGGCCCAGACGACAACGGCGAGAUGUUCCAACGACCUGGAAAACUCUCUGAUUACAUGCCUCCACCCUACCCUAACGAAGAGGCCGCUCGUGCUGGAAACGCAGGUGCACUGCCUCCGGACUUGAGUUUAAUCAUCAAAGCUCGUCAUGGCGGUCCUGAUUACGUUUUCUCCCUGCUUACUGGCUACAUCGAUCCUCCCGCAGGUAUCGAAGUUCGUGAUGGGAUGAACUACAACCCGUACUUCCCUAGUGGUGCCAUCUCCAUGGCACGUUUGCUGUUCGACGGUUUGGUUGAGUACGACGAUGGAACCCCCGCCACCACCUCCCAGAUGGCCAAGGAUGUCGUGACCUUCUUAAAUUGGGCCUCUGAACCCGAGCACGAUGAACGCAAGAGAUUGGGUGUCAAGGCUGUUGUUAUCUUUUCGUCGCUGUUUGCGAUCAGCAUCUACGUGAAGCGAUUCAAGUGGGCUUUGGUCAAGAGCAGGAAAAUCGUCUACAACCCACCGGCGGAUAAAGCUCACUAGAUCGCCAUGCAUAGAGCAUAAGCGCUUCCCCUAGAACUUUGCUACGGUUAUGUUGGGAUGUUUAUUACAUCUUUUAUAAUGAGAGCCACUUACUGUGAAGAAGAAUCACUCCUCUUGCUCUGUGUGUGCAUGUGGAUAGCGAACAUGGUGAUGGUAGUGGUUCAAGUUGUCUAUAUAACGUUUCUGAGUAAUAGAAUGCUACCUGAGAAAUCGUUUAUCCUGCCCUU